UUAUGUACCUUGUAUUUCAUUACAUGAAAGUUUGAAAAAAUUAUUUCUGAACAGUUAAACCAAACAUUUACGCUAAUAGUUGAAAUUAUUUUGAACUUUUAUAUCUUAUCUUUUGGAUUAUCUUUUAGAAAAUGCAACAUCCGGCGAAUCAUUCGCAUUCGACAAUUUUCAACCCCCAAUUCCAAUGCGAGCAGCAGUUAGAGAGAGAGAGAGAAAGAGGCGUACACACACACACACACACACACACAAACAGAACACUGAGAGCAGCCUGCGGGCUAGCGGUGACAUACGCAGGACCAUUGCAACAUGAGCGAGAAGUGUCGCAGCAACCGCUGCACGCAGACUUUAUAUUAUAGCUCGUCUAGCGGAAAUGCAUGACACCCGAUACAAGUGAAAAGUCGAAACAUACUACGUAUUUUGGAAGCAUAAUGAGACGGAUGUAAAGCGUUUAAGUUACUGUGAGAGGCCGGCGUCCGGUGUCGUGCGUGUAUAAUAAACUCACACUUGUAUAUGCUAUAUAUAUGUAGAUGUAAAAUCGCAUAUAGUAGUGAUCGAGGGGCUGAAAUCCGGGCGACCAACCAAGGUGCGUAUACGGCUGCGCUGCGUAGGCGGCACCAAAAGAAGCUACUCAAUCUUUUCAGGCGGCACAUGACUGAAAGCCAGUAAGAACGGGCCUGCUGUAACUUUUCCAAGGCCCGGCAGUUGUGCUCGUAUCGCUCAUUGUUGGUCUGGGCAGCAUACACAUUUAUUUGUGAGAAAACAGGAGCAGCAGCCGGCUUUGUUGUUGCCCCCGGAGCUUUUAUGUGUCAUUUACCGAGAAGGCAUCGACUCACGUAUAAGAUGCUCAGCAUCCCUCGAGACUCGAACGUCAUAUGCAUAAGUGAAAAGGCAACACGCGGUAGAAAUCGUCUUUUAUCCAUGCCACUUACGUGAAUCUAUUACAAGCUAAUACAAAUUUGAGGCUACACCGGCCAACCCAGUGGCUGCUACGAGGCAUCCGAGUGAUUGAUAAAAUGUGAUCUUUAACUGCAACAGUUUUUUAACACAGCAGCAUAACUCGACGAAACCAAAAAGAGCCUGAAUGAAAAAGAUAAUUAGUUAAUGUGAUAUUCUGUAUUAGUAUAUUUAUGCGCCGAAAAAAUUUUACACUAUGAUGCUUUGGAAUGUUAUUUUAUUAAUUAUUGGAUUUUUUAUUGCCACCGCCACAUCCACAAACUUUGCUGGUGGAUAUUGUGCCCCUUAUAAUGGGAAAAUUUGCAAAAAAUAUCUCACUGGUGUUGGCUUGGUUUGGUACAAUGACACUAGUGACAAUCGAGGUGGCUGGCUUAAUGAAAAAAUAACCCAAGAUUUAUGGGAAGAAUUGAUUCAAAAACUAGAAGAACCAUGUCGUUCAGCAGCAGAGAAAAUGCUGUGCUUGUAUGCAUUUCCUCAAUGUAGUGGAGGUAUUGGUUUGCCUCUCUGUUACGAAGACUGUUUAGCUGUUCAACUUCAAUUCUGCUUCAAUGAUUGGGCACUCAUAGAAGAUAAUAAAGGUAGAAAUAUAUUUAUAAGAUCACGAGGUCAUUUUCGGUUACCAGAAUGUGAAAAGUUACCAAAAUUUACAAGACAAAACAUGACAUGUUCUCAUGCUUCAUUAACAAUGAUGAAUACGGAUCUUGUGACAUAUGAUUGUUACAGAGAACGGGGUAAAUAUUAUAUGGGCAAAGAGAACAAAACUAAAAGUGGUAUUCCUUGCCAAUACUGGAAAGAUCAAAAACCACAUAGUCAUGAAUCUCCACCCGAUGUAUUUCCACAAAUUCAGAUGGGUGAAAAUUAUUGUAGGAAUCCUGGUGGUGACGUUAAAAUGCCAUGGUGUUUUACUAUGGAUACUAAUUCUAGAUGGGAGAUAUGCGACAUUCCAUUAUGUGAAAAUUCAAAAGUUAUGAAUGCUGAAGUUAACACAAACAAUUUUCCAAUAAGGAACUUUAUGACUCCAACAUUAACGUUAAUUGUAGCAGGCUUAAUAUUUAUAAUUGUAAUAAUUUCUUUACUUAUUGUCAUUGUAAGUCAGAGAGUUCAGAAAAGACACCAAGGCUACAACCAAACAGAAUGUCAGGAAAUAAAUAUUGAUCUUAAUAAACUGCCUGAAAAUGAUUCAUACCACAAAACAGGUGUGCAGUUGAACCCAAAGUUGGAAAAACUGGAAUUCCCUCGGAAUAACAUUAUAUAUGUUCGUGAUUUGGGACAAGGAGCUUUUGGACGCGUGUUCCAAGCCAAAGCCCCAGGCCUAAUUUCAAAUGAAGAAUUCACUAAUGUAGCUGUAAAAGUUCUCAAAGAAGAAGCUUCUGAUGAUUUGUUAGUUGAUUUUGAACGAGAAGCUUGUUUAUUAGCUGAAUUUGAUCACCCAAACAUAGUAAAAUUACUAGGUGUUUGUGCUCUCGGUCGACCUAUGUGUCUACUAUUUGAAUAUAUGGGGCGAGGUGAUCUGAACGAAUAUCUGCGAUCAUGUUCCGUGGGUAGCUAUGUUAUACGGAAUGAUGACACUUUUAAUGAUUCAAGAUUAUGCCACAUGGAUCUGAUAAAUAUAGCCCGUCAAAUAGCUUCUGGAAUGGUUUACCUAUCGGAUCGAAAAUUUGUGCAUCGAGAUCUUGCUACCCGUAAUUGUUUGAUUAAUGAUGAAAUGGUAGUAAAAAUCGCUGAUUUUGGACUCUCACAAAAGAUUUAUCUCCAAGAUUACUACAAAGGUGAUGAUCAAGAUGCUAUUCCUGUAAGGUGGAUGCCUCUUGAAAGCAUACUUUAUAAUAAGUAUACUGUUGAAUCUGAUGUAUGGGCAUUUGCCGUUUGUUUGUGGGAGAUAUUUAGCUUUGCUCUUCAACCGUACUAUGGUAUGACUCAUGAAGAAGUUGUUAAAUACAUUAAAGAAGGUAAUGUAUUACAGUGUCCUGAAAAUACACCCUACUCUGUUUACAACCUCAUGAAACUUUGUUGGAAUAGAAAACCAUCGGAUAGACCAACUUUCAAAUUCAUUCUUGAUACACUCAAUAAUAUUAAGCAUGAACUCAUGGCUGAAAAUAAAUGUAAUAGUGUACCAUUACGUAUACACUUGUAAAUGUUUAUGUAUAAGCGUUUAGAUGUAAAAAAAGACAAAUGUGCAGAUGAACGUUUCUAUUUGCUUCAUGUACUUUCUGUACCAUGUCAGCAUUUUGAUAUAUGAAACAUUUAUAUUCUACUUUUUUGAGGCAUAAAUCUGUGAAACUUUUAUAUAUUGUAAGAACGCGACGAGUGUGAAAUAAUGUCGUAAAAUCCUAUGAAUUUAUUGAGAAUUCUGUUACCAAUGUAAUAAUACAAUUAGUACAAGUCUACACAUAUAACAGAUCAAACUUU